AUACCACUUAACUAUUUUCUUUAACCUCAAGUCCUCCCAUUGAGAUAUCUCCCCCCCGUUCCUUGAGCAUUAUAGAUUUCACAGCAAGUAAACAGACAACCAUGGACAGCAGAAUCGAGUACGCAGAAACUCAAAGGAACAAGUGUGCAGCAUGCUUUAGGCAGUUCAACAAGAAGGAGCAUUUAGUGGAGCACAUGAGGAUCUCAUAUCAUUCGGUUCACGAACCCACUUGUGGCAUCUGCGGGAAACACUGCAGAUCAUUUGAAUCUCUAAGGGAACACCUUAUAGGCCCAUUGCCGAAACAGGAAUGCAGAGAUAUUUUUGCCAACCGGGGAUGCAAGUUUUGCUUGAAGGUCCUUGACAGCCCUAACGCUCGAAGGAUUCACCAACAAAGAUGCCAACUUUCUGCAAAUACUGGACUGAUUGGACGCUUUUCAAACUUGGGGAUUCGUGAUAAUCUGACUAUUGGAACUGGGCCUCGAGUAGUCGCACUUGCUUGCAAAAUGGUAGGAGGCGGCAGUGAUGGCUCACUUGAUCUCUGUGCAAGAGUCUGCAUAAUUGACGAGCAAGAAAACAUCAUAUUCCAUUCUUACGUGAAGCCCCCAAUUCCUGUCACAAACUACAGGUAUGAGACAACAGGUAUUCGACCAGAAUACUUGAGGGAUGCAAUGACGACGAGGCAAGUGCAGAGGAAGGUUCAAGACUUCCUCUGCAAUGGAGAACCCAUGUGGAAGAUUCGACCAAAGUGCGGGAGAGCCAGGGUUCUUGUAGGUCAUGGGUUAGAUCAUGACCUGGAGAGUUUGCAAGUGGAAUAUCGGGCAGAAAUGAUCAGGGACACCGCAAAAUACCCUCCAUUGAUGAAGACGAGCAAGCUGAGCAGCUCACUGAAGUAUUUGGCACAGACAUAUCUUGGGUAUGACAUCCAAAGCGGGAUACAGGAUCCGUACGAGGAUUGCGUGGCAACGAUGAGGCUGUACGCGAGGAUGAGAUCACAAGUACACGAAAAAGAGGAACACGCUUGGGCCUCAGAGCCUCAAAAUAAGAAUAACUUUGCUUCGUGGAGGACAAAAGAACUGGAGAGAAUGACCCCUGAACAAAUGCUAGCAAUCUCCAGGUCUGACUAUCGCUGCUGGUGCCUUGACUCUAUAUAGUUCUGCUUCCGAGUGAAGUCCGCUAAACAAGACCUCGAGCUCAUGCAAAUUAUCUCAAAGGCUCAAGCAUCACAUUGAUCUGUUUAAUUUCUCUACUAGCUAGAGAAUAAUAACAUAAAAAUAAUACUAGCAGUUAAGUAAAGAGGAGCCCUCAAUUCCCACUGGACAUUACUAAUUUAUUAAUUAGAAUUAUCUUCAGAUAUUAUGAAGCAGCUUGCGCGCUGCACCGAUAUGGGAAACACCCAAGCGAGGUUUCAUAUUUAAUUUGAAGGAGUGCAAUCUGUAAGACAAUUCAAUAAGUACAGUAUUAUUGCUAGUAAUAUGAUUU